UAUUGCGUUUACUAUGCCGCAAUCCCCAUGGUAUAUUCAUGGCAGGUGAUACUGCUCAGCAAAUCACGUCCACCGCUUUCAGGUUUACAGAUCUGACUGCACUAUUAUAUCGUCUCGAGCAGGAAGCAGAUGUAUCGGUUGUCAGACAGACGCGCCAAGCCGUACAUCCUAAAUCUUUUACACUCUCUGUAAACUAUAGAUCACAUGGGGGAAUUAUCAAUUGUGCACACUCCGUUGUCAAGCUCCUGACUAAAUACUGGCCAGACUCGAUUGACACCUUAGAGCGAGAACAAGGGCUUGUGGACGGUCCAAAACCUGUUUUCUUCAGCGGAUGGGACGGAGACACAGGACACAUCGGAUUGAAUUUGGUGCACAGCAAUGUAAGAGUCUUUACUCCUCGACUACGCAAUGUCAUUGACUUGGCAUUCCUAGGCAUUUUGGUGCGCAAUGAAGCUGCACGAGAACGCUUACGGGAACAGAUUGGAGAUAUUGGCCUUAUUUUAACACUCUAUGAGAGCAAAGGGCUAGAGUUCAGCGACGUUUUGCUGUACAACUUCUUCCAAGAUUCCACAAUUACAACAGAAUGGCGCGUUUUACUGAAUGAAGUCGAGGAUCAACGGCGCGGAAAGGUGUCUGCACCCUCCUUCGAUGAACUUCGUCAUGUUGGCGUCUGUUCAGAGCUGAAAUUUCUUUACGUUGGGCUAACUCGAGCUCGGAAUCAUUUGUGGAUAUGGGAUAACUCUGUCCAAGCUGAACCGAUGAAGACAAUAUAUCAGGCUAAUCCAUCGACAGUGGCAUCUUCUCGUGAGGAAUGGGAGAAGAUGGGUCGAAUUCUAUUCUCAAGGGCCAAUUAUCAGCAGGCAACUAUUUGCUUUGAGCGUGCGGGAUUGCUUCUUCUUCGUGAUAUCUGUAUUGCCUAUCACCUACGCAAAACUGCCCGGUUGCUGCAGGUUGGCUCCGAUGAACGCAAGUCCACUUUCUCGUCUGCAGCUGAGGCAUUUUUCAAAUGUGCCGCUGGAGACCAUACCCAAAGUCAAGCUUGUUAUAUCAAGGCUGGUGAAUGCUUCGUUGAGGCAGGUAAUCACAAGGAAGCGUCAGACUCAUUCUGCAUGGCUGGAGAAUUUACGAAGGGGGCGAAGCAAGCUAGAUUGGCUGCAGAAUUCGAUCGCGCAAUUGAAAUCAUCCAAACAAGUGAAGUGGACCAGAUAGUAGCUUCAGCAAUCGUGGAAGUCUGCAAGGUGGUAAAGGCCAGAUCACUGUUUAACUCGGAUGAAGAGCUUCUGGGACACCUCGAAGAGUAUGGUUUCGAUAAGACUCCUAUUCUCGUCCAGCUCGAACGGUUCCGGGAAGCUGCCGAUAUUCACCUUCAAGAUGGCAAAGCAGCUGAAGCAAUUGAUCUAUACUUGCGAGAUGGUUCAGAAGAAUCUCUAGAAAAGGCUAGACAAUGUGUCCUUGAUGAAUUAUGGAUACAAUUGCCGUAUGGUGCCGCCGUGUUGGAGGAAAGAAGACCAAAUAUCGUUCGGAUUCUCAAAUUGGCUACGCAAAUUACUAGUGCUUCAGAUCACUGGAUUCGAGAAUCCUUGCUCAUGGUUACCAUUAGAACGUUAGCUGCAUCUCGAUCGGAUGCGCUUGUUCAACUUAUCAGAAGAGGAUCAUCUGUGUUACCAGUACUGGGUGGAAAAGUCCCACAGAGGCAAUUCACUCGACCCGUAGACCUCUUCUUCGGUUUUGCUACUUCUCCCUUAGUCGCACCUUUCUUCAAAUCCAAUCUCAACGCAAAAGCUAAAGAGUUUGUACCCAGAAACUCUAUCUUAGCACAUUUGCCUAAGAACGAUGGAGCAAAAGUAUCCCAAGAAGACGCCAGCUUCAGCAAUCAGAGUCAAGCUUCUAGCAAUCUGGCAACCGCUCAAGUGCUACAGCCAUCUGAGCCAGGGCUUCUCAACCAAAUUGAAGACCACAAGGGCCAGUUAUCAUUCGCUGCGGGCACACAGAAGGAAGGUGCUUCUCUCCAAGAGAUAUCAAAUGAAGACGAGGGUCCGACAGAUUCAUUGCCCGAUCGUCCGUUCACUGAGGCUAUCGAUGAGUCUCAAUUAAAGGAAGAAUAUUCAGAAAAGGAGCAUAUAGCCGCUCGCAAUAUUCAGACGACAUAUCGGCAUUACCGAAGACGUACUGGGAAAGUGGCAAAACGCCCAGUUGACCAGUGGUUCAAUGAUUUUUCCGAAGCAACUCGACAGUUUCAGUUGCCGGGUCGAUAUCUAGCUCUUUUGCGUGGCCCUCUCCCUCACUUUAUGGUCUGCUUAGAUGCAUUCAAAGCUGAUAUCCAGAAGCAACGAUCUAGGGCAAUGAAGAAUUUGGUGGACAACGAUCAUCGUUCGAUAGAAGAUACUAUGGCCAGGCUGAAUGCCAUCAAGUGA